UUUGAUCGAAGCAUGCGUGCUGACCUAGCAACGGUUGCCGUAUGUAAACAUUUUUAGCAAGGUGCUUGUUAUUAUUUUGUCAAAUAACAGUAAAUAUCUGUAGAUGCACCUACAAUACUCAUAUUGAAACAAACAGACAAAUUAAAAUGGGUCAGGCACUACAAAGAGCAGCACAAUGGACAUCUGCUAAAGAUGGCUGUGGAGGAAAGUUAGAAUUUACACCCAUUAACGAAGAUUUAUUAAACUCAAUUCUUAAGUUUGUUGAAACAGUUGGCAAAUCUCCAGAAGAAUCACAACUUGUCUUUAAAAAUCCACUAAGAUGGCAUACAUCACUAAACCCUUCACAAUUUCAAGGAGCUGGAUUUACUGACAGUGGUGAUGAUGUUGUAUCUGAUAAAAAAUCGCCUAAAGAUGAUCAACCGCUGUUUUUAAUGCACAAAUUAACUAAAGAUACAUAUGAGAUCAGUGUUCAGACUUUAGGCUAUGGUGAACAAGUACUCCGUGCUGCUGGUGACAAGAAAAUUGUAGAACUAAGAAGCUGUUUGGAAGCCAAUAGAGAUCCAGUAGUUUUUUUAUUAGGUGAAAGAUUUGCAACAGUUGAUACAGAUGAUAAUUCUAUCUUCCGAUAUAUUGAAGAAAUUACAAAAGAAAUUGAACAGAAUGCAAAACAGUCUGCUGAUGGAUCUAAUUCUGCAGAAAUAGAAGAAAAGAAAAUUGUUCUCAGACUGAGGUUGAAAUUAUUACGCCUUGAUGAACAAUUAAUGAAUCUCAGUAUACAAAAAAUGUCAAGUGAAGUACGAUUAAGUCCAGCAACAGUUGAUGGUGAAGUGAGUAUUUUACAACAGUUAUCUGGAGAUGAUGAAGAGAGAUGUGUUGUAGAAUACAUUGAUUAUUAUGGAGAAACAUUUGUGUCCCAAAAUGGCUGCAGAGCUCAACCUUGGCGACAACUCCAUGGUGAUAUAUGUUAUCUGUGUGUCAGAGUUCAUGAUAAUGACAAUCCAUUGUACAUCACAGCUAAUACCAGUGGUUAUUAUUUAAAUAAUGGUCCAGUCAAUGAAAAAGCUAAUCAAUUAGAUUAUGGUCGACCAGAUUCAAAUACCUACAGAGAUUUAGUUUCAUUAUUGAAAAGUAAAAGUGCUAAAUUUUCUGAACUAAUUGAUAAACAGGAAUUUGCAUUAAAAGUUGAACAAAACGAUAAGAAAAAGAUUGAGAUGUCUGAAAAACGAGAUCACGACGAAUCAGAACAGAAACACUCCAACGAUCAUCACACAAGGAAUGAGAAAGAUCAACAGAUGGAAAAAGAUAAAAACCAGAAAAAUAGAACACAGAAUAAGAAAAAAUUAGAACCAUCUUUAAAAUGGAAAGCAUUAGAUAUGGAGGAAAACACUUUACAAAAAGAGCAAGAUACAAGUGUGACUAAAACAGAAAAGAAAAGUAAAACUGUACAGAGAUUAAAGUCAAAGACACCAAUAGAUGCUGAAGAUUCAUUUAGUGAAAGUGAUACAGAAAGCGAAGAAGAAGAAGAAGCUGUUGAGAGACGAGCAGAAGCUAAUGCUGAUUUACCUUCGGAGUACUGGCAAAUACAGAAACUUGUCAAAUAUUUAAAGGGAGGUAAUCAGACAGCUACUAUUAUAGCUUUAUGUUCUUUACGAGAUUUUAACUUGGCAUUAGAAACAUGUCAACUAGCUAUACGAGAUGUCGGAGGUCUAGAAGUUUUAAUUAAUUUACUAGACACAGAAGAAGUUAAAUGUAAAAUUGGUGCACUGAAGAUAUUAAAAGAAAUUUCAUGCAACAGUCAGAUUCGUAGAGCCAUUGCUGAUUUAGGUGGAUUACAAACCAUGGUGAAGAUCCUUCGAGAUUCCAACAAAGAAUUAAAAUGUUUGGCAGCUGAGACAAUUGCAAAUGUAGCUAAAUUCCGUCGCGCUAGAAGAACUGUCAGACAACAUGGAGGAAUUAAAAGACUUGUUAGUUUGUUGGAUUGUGCUCAGAUGCGGAAUAAUAAACCAGAUAGUGCUCAGGUACCGGCUGAUAAACCAGACACCGAGAAAGAUGUAGAGGUUGCACGUUGUGGCGCCCUGGCAUUAUGGAGUUGUAGCAAGAGUAAGAAGAAUAAAGAAGCCAUGAGAAAAGCUGGUUCCAUACCUCUACUUGCUAAAUUACUCAAAUCUACAAAUGAAGAUAUGUUAAUACCGGUUGUAGGAACUCUACAAGAAUGUGCCUCAGAGCCUAGCUACAGACUUGCUAUCAGAACUGAAGGUAUGAUUGAAGAUCUUGUACAAAAUUUAAAAAGUUCAAAUCAAGAAUUACAGAUGCAUUGUGCCUCAGCUAUAUUUAAGUGUGCUGAAGAAAAAGAAACCCGAGAUUUAGUGAGAAAGUUUGGUGGAUUAGAUCCGUUAGUAUCUUUACUAACUAAUGUAGAAAAUAAGGAAUUAUUGGCAGCAGCUACAGGUGCUAUCUGGAAGUGUGCCAUUAGCCCUGAAAAUGUUCAGAGAUUUGAAGAAUUAAAAGCUAUUGAUCAACUAGUAACUUUAUUAAAUAACCAACCAGAAGAGGUAUUAGUGAAUGUUGUAGGAGCAUUAGGGGAAUUAGCCAAGGCAACACCAAAUAGAAUGCAGAUACGUAAAUCGGGUGGCAUACCAUAUUUAGUCAAUUUAUUAACAGGAACAAAUCAAGCGUUAUUAGUCAAUGUAACAAGAGCUGUAGGUAAAUGUGCUGAGGAACCAGAUAAUAUGUUAAUAAUUGAUAAAUUAGAUGGUGUAAGAUUAUUAUGGUCUUUACUCAAAAAUCAAAACACAGAUGUACAAGCCAGUGCUGCCUGGGCUAUAUGUCCUUGUAUUGAAAAUGCUAAGGAUGCAGGGGAAAUGGUGAGAUCUUUUGUUGGUGGUUUAGAAUUAAUUGUUAGUUUAUUAAAGUCUGACGAUAAAGAAGUUUUAGCUAGUGUUUGUGCAGCUAUAGCUAAUAUAGCUAAAGAUGAAGAGAAUUUAGCUGUUAUAACAGAUCAUGGAGUUGUUCCUAUGUUAGCUAAUUUAACAAAUACACGCCUAUCAAGGUUCAAAAGGAAUUGGCUUAUCACUGAUGAUAAAUUACGACGCCAUUUGGCAGAAGCCAUAGCACGUUGCUGUAACUGGGGUAACAACAGAACAGCGUUUGGUCGUGAAGGAGCCGUGGCACCACUGGUCAAAUAUUUAAAGUCAAGUGAUGAAAAUGUUCAUCGUUCAACUGCCCGAGCUCUAUUCCAACUAUCUAAAAAUCCUGAAAAUUGUAUAACCAUGCAUGAGGCAGGCGUUGUUCAGCCAUUAAUGAAAAUGGUUGGAUCUCCAGAUGAAGAUUUACAGGAAGCAGCUGCAGGAUGUAUCGGAAAUAUUCGACGUUUGGCGCUAGCUAAUGAACGAGCUAAAUAUGCAUAAAAUAUCUGUCAUUACUAAAGCAUUUGUUAAAUAGAAUACACAAUGUUUGAUUAAAUAUUUCCAAAAAUAACCUCCAGCAUCUGACAUUCCAAGGCAGCAUUUCAUGAAGUUCAAAAUGUAACAGUAUUGUUAAGGUCAAUAGGAUAUUCUAUAUACAAUACAGUAUGUAGGGAAAAUAUUAAUGAUAAAAUAAGUUUAUUAUCUACACAAUUCAUAUACAAUAAACCAUCACUAUGUUAUUGUAGACAUGUAUGUAUUUGAAACUGUUGUAUUGGGUAUCUAACAUAUUUAUCUGCUAGACAAUAGAAUAUAGUUAUUAAUAUUAAUAGGUGUUACUAUCAUUGAUAGGUAGGAAGACAUCAUUCAAGGAUUAAUAAAUCUGCUGACAAAUUGUGAUAAAAGCUGAUAAUUGUAUAAAUUCUGUUAUUCCAAGUAGAUACAGCAUUAUUUAUUUUGUUAUAUUUUUUUAUAUGUUGUUUUAUUUGUUACAUCUAUCUCUGACCUGAAUGGCUAGUUGAACCAUUAUGCAAAUUGUAUAUUUAGUAGGGUUUCUAACAUACAUAAUAAUAAUAAAGAAUUUUACAGUUGAAUAUGAUAUAGAUUUCAAAACAAAUACUGAAUUUAUUCAACCCAGUUUUUUUGUCAAAAGUAUAAUGUCAUAUUAUAUUAGACUUGCUUAAACUGCAUAAAUGUCUAUUGGUUUAAACACCGUAAAUAAUGAAUGUCAUUUUCUAGAAUUUACAAUUAAUCAUUAUAUAAUGCCUACUGUCAAAUGUAGGUCACUGUGAAUAACUUGUGCUAUACAUGACUACUGUGAUAAAAUGUGAAUGAAUAAAUUAUUGUAAACAAUAUAA